AUGUCUCAAGUAAUUUUGUACUUGCUCAUCGAACUAACCAAGAGGCUAAAGCAACUCAUGUUCCCUUCUGGUACCGGGAAACAACCUCUUAAGCGAAAAGCCGAAGAUGUUUCGUUCGAUUUUGACACAGAUGAACCGGCCGCCAAGAGGGAAGCUUUUGCACGAACUCGAUUGCCAACUUUGCUGAAUGUCGAAGGAGCCGGUCAAUGUAUAGCUGUUAUAACAAGCGGUGGAGAUGCACAAGGUAUGAAAAAGUUAAAUUUUGUCUUCGAAUAUCUUUGAUGUCUCAUUUUCGAGCUCAGACGCUAAAUUUUGCUCCACCUGAAAAAUAUCUACUUUUGUUGAUAUUACAUAAAAUUUGUAUGCAAGGGAGUGUUUACAUUCUUCCAGAUUGUGCGAUGUGUUAAUUACUGGAAAGCUUUUCUCAAGAUUUUAAUAAUUUUUUGUUGUGAUUUUUCGUAGAUUUAAUGUUUGUCAUUGAGGAGUACAUUUUUAUUUUGCAAACGAUCUGUGCCGCCGGUACGAAUUACGUUAUUGCUUGGUCAGUCACAUCAAUUCAAGCUGAGCUGUUCGAUAUUUUUUUACAAUCGAUGGAAAAUUUGAUUUCAUCGGAGCAGCUGGUGUCAGUUAUUCAGUAAAUUUAUCGUUAAAACCUUUAUUUUCCUGUAAUGGAAUCCAUUUUAUUUGCGUUUCUCGAAACAGUACUUAUGAGUUGCAAUUAAGUACAUGAAAUCUACCAAAUUAAAUUUGACACCGAUCAAAACAACAUACUGAAUUGCAUAAAUUAGUAAGAGUGCCAAAUAUUUGGUUUGCCUAGACACAAGUAAGAAGAAUGAGAUCGAGUGCAUGAAAUUUUGAAUUAUGAAAGUAAACUUCUGAGGAGUAAUAUUCUGAAACAAAAAACUUAUCUCUUUUUUUUUUUUUGUACAAAAUCACUGUAGACAAAUCAAACCACAAUGCAUCUGUCUUCCAAUAGAUCAUAUGUAGGAAUCAAUCAAGUGUGUGUAUUACUCAGUAUAUCUUAGUUCUUUGUGUAAAAUAAUUUUAAUGGAUGUGUGACUUAUACGAUAUGCAUAUAAUGGAUUACUAUCCUUACAUUAUUUUUUAAGGGAUGAAUGCAGCCAUCAGAGCUGUGGUUAGGAUGGGUAUCUAUGCAGGAGCCAGGGUCUUUACUGUGUGGGAGGUAGGUUUUAUUUCCUGACUUGAUUUGGUAGGUCUUCAAAAAAAAAAAAAAAAAAAAAAAAAAAAAUGCACAGAUGUAUGCGAGUGCAAGGCGUUAAUUUAGUACCUUGCACCCCAAACUCAAAGCAGAGAGGUCCUCAGUGCUUUUAAACCUAGCUAGUUCAGUGUGCUGUGAUUUUAGGCGCGAUACACUUUUUCUCUAUACCCAGUGAUAUAAAGGAGUAUUAGUAACAGUUCUGCUCAAAUAUAUACAUAUAUAUAUAGGUAACCCUAAAAAUGCAUAUAAAAUGCACUUAAUUUGCAUGUGAGUGCUGAUAAAUAAAAAUAUGUGUGUCCUAAUUUCUCAUAUACCCAACCUAAGCUUGACUCAUCGGCCUCAUUAGUUCAUAUGAGCUAGGUCUUUUUCUGUUGUUGACUGAUGUCACUUUUUGAAACCCAAAAGUUCUUUAUUUUGCAUAAUAAUGUAGCACAAAGGAUUAACUUACAGCACUGAAUAACAAAGACGCAUAAGUUGCACGUCUUUUGCCCUUGCAUGCAUGAAUAUCAUAUAUGCAUGUCUGACAAACUGCAUCUGCACUUAUAAAAUGCGUUUAAACAGUAAUAACACAUAUCUGAGUGGUACUGUAGCUGUUAGGAAAACCUGAUGAAAUGCCAGCAGAGGUGAGGAGGGGAAGGAUUUGGACGUGUUACUUACAAAUCAUCAGUAUCCCACUCGGGGAGUGUGGUAAUACACUAAGUUACCCACUAUGAAAGUAUAGUUUUAAUCAUCUCAUUUUCAUAAUAUGCAUACCAUUAUGAUUUUGUUGUCCAAGGGUUAUCAGGGAUUGGUGGAUGGGGGUGAUAACAUCAGAGAAGUCAGAUGGGAGGAAGUGUCUGGUAUCAUUCAACUGGUAGGUACAUGUAUUCCGCACUACCUUGUAGGUACAAACAUCAUUACGAUCAACAAAUUUGAAUGGUAAGUGAGAAAAUCUGUAUGGUACAUUACGUUUUGACUUUAUGGCCUACAUUUUGUGCAUUAUUUUGCCGAACAAAAAUGGUUUGUAACCUCAGCUCUUUGAGAGCCCAGUUUAAGUGUUAACCUUUUAACUCCCAUGAUCUGACUGUUAAUUCUCCCCUCUAGCUUCUGCACAUUUCCUUGUAUAUUGAUUACCAGAAUUUGGUAUUAGAUCUUUUUAACAACUUCUACCUGAUAAGCUUGAGUAAAUCUCAUUAUCUGCUUGCUGGAUAAUGUAUGGAUAUCAUACAUAUUAAUCACUUCUGGGAGUUUGAGGGUUAACCAGUUUGGGUAGCAAGUAUUACUGGUAUUGCUUUGCAAUAUACUUUAUUUUGUGCAGGGAAAUGAGCCAUAAGGAGUUUAAACUUUGAAUUAUAAGUAAGGUUGAUGAUGUUAGGCUUGUAGAAUGUGAUCAUUGAUCCUGGUAUGUAUUGCAUACAAGUCAUAAUGUUUGCUUUCCUUCUGCGUCUACCUCAUCAAAACUCUUUAUACUGAUUAGAAAGAGUGAUAAAGUUAUCGUAGUGACAAGUAAUUUCCACUGUUGAUAGUCAUUAAUUAUUUGAUAUUCAUUUAAUUUUAGGGAGGAACAGUCAUUGGAAGUGCAAGAUGUAAAGAUUUUAGAUCGCGUGAAGGUCGUUUAACAGCUGCUAAGAACAUGGUGACCUUAGGCAUAACAAAUUUAGUAAGUAUGCUAACUGUUUGGUGUGAUUAUGAAACAAUUCAGCUGGUUUAUUCGGCCAUGAUAUUAAUGAAUUUGCCCCUUUAAAUAGUUUCUUAAACUGUCUGUUUGAGUUUCAGCCCUUUAAUAGCCCUAUGUCAUUCACUCAGAUGAAGGGCUAAAGCUUGAAACAUCAGGUUUUGAAACUUUCUUUGGCAGGCCAUUUACUUACUUUAGUUGAUAAACCAAGUUAUGUUGUAGUACCCCCCCCCCACUCCCUCUACCCCUUCCCCCCUUCAAACCUCCCUCCCAAAAAAAAAAGAAGAAAAAAGUAAUAAAAUCUUUUAGUCAUGUAGGCAUUCAGUCUGACAUUGAAUUCUAACCCAAGUCAGUCAGCCAGUCAGCCAGUGUGUCAGUCAUUGCAUCAGUCACUUAAUUAGUCGGUCAUUUGGUUAUUUGUACAGUCAGUCACUCGUUUAGUCAGUUGGUUAGUCAAUCUGCACAUCAGUCAUUUAGUCAGUCAGUCAUGAUCAGUCAAUUAGUCAGUCAUUCAGUCUGUUAGUCAGUCAUUCAGUUAUUUGUAUGGUCAGUCAGUCAUUUUGUCAGGCAAGCAGUCAGUCAGUGGAUCAAUCAGUCAGUCAAUUCAAUUAAUUGCUAAGGAAGUCAGUUGGUCAGUCAGACAGUAAGUCAGUCCGUCAGUCAUUCAGUCAGUCAGUCAAUCAGUCAAACUGUUAUGUGCAUGUAAUUUUUUAGACUUUAAGGCAGUCAAGUAUACAGUCAUUCAUUAAGGUGCAAUUUGGUAUUCAUCCUCUUAGACAUGCAUUACUUUCUGUGAAACUUAAAGGAGUAAUUUAUUAUUAAUACACUGAGAAAAUUCCAUUUUAUUUUGUUGCAGGUUGUUAUUGGAGGUGAUGGUAGUUUAACAGGGGCCAAUCUGUUCAGACAGGAAUGGCAAGAGCUUUUAGAAGAACUUGUAGAAACUGGUGAGUUUUUGUUUGCUUAUCAAGCAAAAGAUUGAGCUUAGUGGUUAAAUGUUUCCUAUUGUCCUAUAUGUAAAUAAAAGUUUAUUUCGUGUAUUUUUUGUGUAUUUGUCUACCUUUCCAACUUUGUUUGUUUUAAAGGGCUGUGAAUAUAUGAAAGUCAUAUAUUUGAACUGCGGAUAAAGACAUGAUUAUGAAAGCGAUCUUUGCAGUAAUGAGCACUACUUAAGCAGUAGUGAAAAGAAAGCCUGAAGAAGAAAAAAAAAAGAAAAAUCCUGUACAGGCCUGAAUUUUUUCCCAGGCUUUCUCUUCACUACUGCUUAAGUAGUGCUCAUUACUGGGAAGAUCACUUUCAUAUUCAUGUUUGUUUGUUUUGUUAGCUUGUCUUUUGGCUGUCAUAAUAGGAUGUUACUAAAACCAAGAUUGGGUAACAAGUAGCAGGGAAUUUUUUGUCUUGGACUGAAACUGCAGCUGCAGUAAUUCACAUAACAGUUCAUAAUGAAAGAUGAAAACAUGGGAAAAAGAUCUGAAAAUCAAGUUUUGAGCAAAUGUUCUUUAAACUUGGUCAUUACAACAAACAGCAUGGACGAUAAAUGAAGUUUGUAUCGUAGGUUUUUGGACUUUAUCUUUGACUUAAAAAAUUGAGAUUUACACUUUAUAUUGCAGAUGCAAAAGAAGUCAGGUUUUUGUAUCGACUCCCAUGUCAUCUUCCUGGUUUUAGUAACAACCUUCUUAAUAUUUGUCUGUAAGCUGUCAGUCAGUCAGUCUGUCAGAGAUUGUGUGCCUGCUUGCCAGCAUGUACGAACAGUCUAUCUGUCUGGCUGGGUUUCUAUCAAGAUGAUUUGGUUUUAUUAACUGAGUUGAUGAAUAUAAAUUGGCCACCAUAAAGAGUUUCUAACCUGGCAUUUUGAGUGGUAACCUUUGCCUAACUUUUGCUCUGACAAAGGGCAAAUGCACAAAAUGUCAGCUUGCAAGAAGAACCUCUUUAUGGUGGCAAUUUACAUUUAUCAACUCAGCUGAUAAUACCAAAUUACCCAGUUAUAACUGUACUAUACUAUACUACUGUACUAUACCCACUAAUGCAGCACCACAUUUUGUGAAAAAGUUACCCAUUUUAUGGAUAUCUACUAGUUGGUCUUUCAGUUGAUUUUUCCAUUUAUUUUAUUAGAUUAUUUAUUUCUUUAUAAAUAUGUAAGUAUUGCUUUAUAUUCCUAUUUAAUUAUCAUUAUAGUAAUCAAUCAUUGUAUUUCCAGGUGCUGUGACUGAAAAAAUGGCGAAAGAAAAUAAUCACCUUAAUAUAGUAGGGAUGGUAAGUCAUAUUUUCCUCAGAUAUGCUGUUCAAUAUAUAUGAACUGAGUUUUAAUGUAGAUUUAAACUUCAAAAGCAUAUAGUUACUUUUUGACAUCAUUCCAUUCAGGGGUCUUAAAUAAAUUUCAUUCCAACUGUACAGUUCUGAGUUGCAGGUGGGAAGUUCUUUUUUGGGGCCAAGAGAACAUUGUGUUCUUAACAGAGUCUGAAUGAUGCUCUCCCAAGGAAUUGUGAUGCUGCAGACUCCUGCCAAAAUAUUUGGCUACAUUUUAAGGAUUAUUUUUGUGUUGCAUAAUGUCAUUUUAGGUUCAUUAUUGUGCUGCAAUAUUUCAUUUUUAGGUUGGCUCAAUUGACAAUGAUUUCUGUGGCACUGAUAUGACCAUUGGAGCUGAUUCAGCACUUCAUAGGAUUUUUGAAGCAGUAGAUGCCAUUACAACAACAGCUUCAAGGUAUGAAUUUAAGUUUUUGGUCUUUUUUUGUUGCGCUUUUGUUGGCUUUUAGUUCUGUUGUCUAUUGUGUUCUUUGAAUCAAGCAGAAGGUAACUUCAAGCUUUUCACCUAUGAAAAAAUGUUUGUUUGACUGGAGUUUUGUACUUCUGUCUACAGCCAUCAGAGGACUUUUGUCCUUGAAGUUAUGGGGAGACAUUGUGGGUAAGACUUUUUUUGUUUCUCCUGGGUGGCAAAUGAUUUAUCCAAAAAGCUUGGGUGUUUAAAAACUUUUGCCUUUUUUUUUGUUGUUGAUGUUGUUUUGUUUUCUCUCUUCCUUGGAGUCCUGGAGAAAGUUAGUCUUACAGGCUAGCACAGUUUUAUGUGGAGACUUUGACACUCCCCAAAUGUACAAUAGUUGAAGCUUUGCUCUGCUAUAUACAUGUGUAACUCAAAUUUUGUAUUGAUUUUUUAUAAAAUUUUUUGCAGAUACCUAGCUCUUGUUACAGGCUUGGGAGUUGGUGCAGACUAUGUAAGUUUAUCCCUUUAAUCAAACUCACCACAAAUUGUACAACCAUGUUAAUGUUUUUCCUGUGAGAUACAUCUGAAUUAAAUGGAACAUUUCAGAGGCUUGACUUACGGCUCAUAAAUGCAUGCAAAAAGUCAACUAUUUUGCAAUGCUUUUAGUUAUGAAAGAAUUUAACAUUCACUAAACUGUUAUGAAUGACAAAGAAAGAAUUUCUCCUUACAAUAUCAAUGUAAUAUCAAAUGAAUAAAGGGGUAAGUUUCUAAAGAAACUGUGGUGCUGCGUCGGUGGGAGAGUAUAGCAGGUAAUUUAGUGUUAACAACUGGGUUGAAAACGUAAAUUAGCCACGGUAAAGGGUAAAAAAGCUGACGUUUCGAGCGUUAGCCCUUCGUCAGAGUGAUUGUAAUAUCAAACAGACAAGUGAUGAGAAUAAAGAAAAAUAUUUAUUAGGGGAUUAUUAGUUGAUCCAAUACCAAAUUCUCUGAAAUAUCUUCAUAAGAAUUAUAUGGUAGACAGUAAUGAGAAUUACUUAUGAGAUCUUGGGAGUAAAAGGAUGAAACCACUGCUGUUUUGUCUCUCAAAUUUCAUGCUAGUUUUGAUGGCUUGUAACUGAUAACAGGACUUUAAUUCAUCCAAUUCUGUCCAUUAAUAUAUUUAUGGUUAUCAAGUGGUACUCCCACCUCAUUGUUGUCCAAUUUUGUCAACUACUUGUCUAAUUGUACAUCAAAUUGGACAUCAACUUAUCAUCUUGUUUUAGAUUUUCAUCCCUGAAUGGCCUGUCCAGGAAGGGUGGGAGGAAAAAAUGUGCAAUCACUUGAGAAAAGUAGGUGUUCUUUUCUUAUCAUUUUGGUAUUUCAACAUAUAUUACACUCAUUUUGAAACUAUUGGUGAUGCUUACAAUUCUGAUUGACUCUAAGGCAAUGCAAUUGAAUUUGUGAAUUUUGUUGUUGUUGUUGUUGUUGUUUUUUUGGGGUGCCAGCGGACCUAAGACCUGAAAUUUUCUGUUAGAGAUUAACAGUACUGCAUCUUUUGUGUUGUUUCUAUUAGGUCAGGGAUAGUGGAAGACGUUUAUGCAUGAUCAUUGUGGCAGAGGGUGCUCAGGAUGUUGCAGGAAACCCUGUCACUGCUAAUGACAUUAAGGAGGUACACAGUGCAAUUUAUAGUAUUACAUAACAGUCAUUCAGAAUUGUGUUUAGUCAGGGAGAACGUUCUUGCACAAAAACCUAUAUUUUGUGUGGGUUUUUUUUUUUACAGCUUGUCAAGACAAAACUCCAGCACGAUGCACGAGUCACGAUUCUUGGACAUGUCCAGAGAGGAGGAAUCCCAUCUGCUUUUGACAGAAUUCUGGUAAUUGUUUUGGUAUCGGUAAUUACACGAGUUUGAGUGCAAUUUAGUAUUAAUAAGCAUGAACAUAUUUUUCGAAGACAACAAAAUUGCACAAGCCCAUAAUUACUAGUUAAUAAUUUACAUGAAAAAAGCAUCACAGGAAGUCACGGCAGAUGAAAUUUUGACAGCAUGCGCAUGUUAUUUGUAAUUUGCACUCAUGUUAGAACUUUGCACUUGUGUUACAAGAAAAAUGCACUAGUUUUCAGCCAAUCAGAAGUGCAAAACGAGUGUAAUGAAGUGGUGGUUAAACUUCAUGUCAUGCAAUUUUGGUCUGAAAUCAUACUUCUAUUGAUUUCAAAUUGAACUAGCGCAGCGCGCUCAUUUGAUUUUGAAAUCACAUGUAAGAUUUCAGACCAAAUCACACUUCAUACAGUUCAAUUAGCAUUACCAACUAGGUGAAUAGGUCAUAUAAUAAACCAUGUAGGGUUGCUGUCUAGAAUGUGCACAACUAUAUUUAGCUUUUGUACUUGCAAAAAAGUGGUACAUUUAUGUAUCAAUUUUGCAGUCUUGUCGCAUGGGAGCAGAGGCAGCCCUUGCUGUCUUGGAUGCCAAGCCAGAUACUGCCCCAUGUGUAAUCUGCCUGGAUGGAAACAAGAUCAAGAAAAGAGGACUCAUGGAAUGUGUCCACAAGGUAAACUCAUUUAUAACAUGGCCUUUGUAAUUCAUGUUGUCAAAGUAGCAAAGUGAUUCCCUGUUGCCAUGCACAUGUUCAGUAAUAGAUCACAGAUGACGUCCAAAUGUGGUAAAAACAAAAAAGAGUAGUUCACGAGGUGCACCCGAAUGUAUCACUGAUGUUCUCACGGCAUUUUAACGUCUUCUGUGAUCUAUUACUGAACAGACCCAUGGCAACAUGGAAAAAGCACUACCCACAUGUCUGCAAUGUAAACCUAUUUUUCAUAAUCAGCAUUCAUCAUUCAGUGUAAAUAUUACUCUGCAGACUCUGGAAGUCAAGGACGCAACGAAAGCAAAGAACUUUGAUAAAGUUGUCGAACUGAGAGGAAGGUACAACAUGUGAUAUUAUGUAACUUUAAUAUUUCCCUCAUAAGUCUUCCAUUUUCCUUUACUGUUGCGCACAGCACCGUUUUGAAUUAAGACAAUUGGUUAUCAUUUCCUCCUUAAUUGGUAUUUAAAAGUCUGUGGUGAAAGUUAAAGUUUUACCAGAUAGGUAUCCCUUUGCCAAUGGAUGUUUUUUUUUAUUCCAGAACCUUCCAGAGCAACAUAGAGAUUUUCAAAGUCUUGAAGGAAGUGGAGCCUCCAGUCUCCAGCCAGUGUGAUAUAUCUGGCACUUGCAAAGUAUGCAUGCUCUCUUCGUAAAUAUUUAGAUACUCAAAGAUGCAGUAAUUCUUAAUUAUGAAUUUGAGACGUUUCAAUUCCCUCUGAGAAGAAAGAAUUUACAGUGUCCACCUAUAUCUUCAAAUAUCCAUCUGCGACACUACAUGUCCUGACUCUCAGCUUUUCCUGGAUGUAUUUACACCAUUCUUAUCUUUCUGAUUCCUUCCCUCUCCCUCCUCUCAACCUUCUUCAUCUUCCCCCUUUAGUCACUCUUUUCGUCCAUUGUUCCCUUCUCCCUCCCCCGCCACCUCCUUCCAUCAUUUUCCCUUCCCUUUUUUCUUCUUUUCCUUUUCCCUUGCAUCCCUGAUUCUACACCAUUUCCUCUUAUCUCAAAUUCCCCCAACUCAUCUUUCAUUCUACUCACUGUCUAUCCCUCCUUACUUCUUUCUCUCCUUUUUCCCUUUAUUCCUCGCAUUCUGCUAGCUAAGACCCCCCAACACCUGUUCCCGCCUUUAACCUAGUUCUGUCUUGUUCAGUCUGGUCACACCUUGGCAGUUAUCAACAUUGGCGCCCCUGCAGGAGGCAUGAGCACUGCUGUCCGUGCCUUUGUCCGCUUCUCACUCUAUCAAGGACACACAGUGCUGGGAAUCAGAGAUGGAAUCAAUGGGCUCUUUGAUGACAAGGUAAUGAAUACAAGAUAUUCUUUUGACCCGCAGAUAACAGAUGCUAAUCGAGGCGGGUCAAUUUUUUCUUUACUAAAUUGAAUUUGACUUAAUCAAAUUACAUUGGAGAUAAUACAGAAAUUAAGAAAUAACACAUAAAAAUGCAUUAAAAAGAAGCACAGGAAAGGGAAGAAAAGAAAUUGAAAGACGUUUAAUGUAAAGGAGAAAAUGUCUGGACGCUCUGGCAAAGGGCUAACGCUCGAAACGUCAGCCUUUAAACUCUUUACGGUGGUCAAUUUACGUUUUCAACUCUGUUAAUAAUACUAAAUUACCCUGUUCUACUCUCCCACCGACGCAGCACCACAGUUUCUCUAGAAACUUACCCCCUUUAUCCUUUGGCAAUAAACUUAAACAGGUGGAACAACUAGGAUGGCUCCAUGUUGACUCUUGGGCGGGGGCAGGAGGAUCCAAAUUGGGAACCACAAGGUAUGUAUACAUCUUAUUACUGUUGUUAUUUUUCCAACCAUGCCCACGCCAACGCCUACGGCCUGAAUACAGGCAUUUGUGUAUAAUGCACUUCGGUAAAACUGCGAGCGGGGCCUGACUGGUCAAUGAAAGUCAUGAUAAUUAAAGCUAAUUCUGCGGGAGAUAUGAUGACCAAAUGAAAAAUUUACUGUCUUCUCGCUGUUGCUGCUUGUUAUACAGUGCUAGAGAGCUUUUCUGACUUAAAGAAAACUUGAUGCGUGAAAGCUUAGCCUCAGAUACAGACUGACCUAGUAAAGACACUGGCAGCGAACAUUUUACGCACAGUGUUUCCUCACACGUUAACUUUUUACCUACAGAACCUUACCUUCUAAAGAUAUGCAAAAGGUUGCAGAAAAGUUAUCUAAACACGGGAUUCAAGGACUGUUGGUUAUUGGAGGCUUUGAGGUAAGGCGAGGUUGUUGUCUUACCACCUACCAGUUUCACCACGUUACACAAUAUCAGCAAAUUUUCGUUGUUUUAUGUUCGCAAGGAAAAAACCGUCCCCGUAGUUUUACACGGGCUGUGUUUUUAUGCAGUUUUUACUGUUUGCGUAUUCUUUUUUUAAUAUUUUUGUUAUUAUUUCUUGUUUGUUUGUACGUUUGUUUGUUUGUUUAUUUGUUUGCUAGUUUUUAACAAAUUGGAGAAAUUGAAAAAUCGUCUCACUCCGGGACUAAGCUCGUGUUUUGGUUCCACUAUUAGCUGAGCUACGGGGCCACAUUUUGGAAUCAAACCAACUUUUCAUUGAUUAGGUAGUGUUUCAGUCGGUAUAAAACACUAAUUCUUCGAUGGAUUGCUGCUUUGGCAUGUUUUUGUCUGUUUCCUUGGAAAUAGUAUCAAAAACGCCCAAGUUUUGCUAAGUAAGUCGUAAUCAUGCAUGAUUUCUUUCUUCCUAAGGCUUACAACGCUGUUCUGGAGCUUGCAGAAGCCCGUGACAAGUUCCCAGCUUUCCGCAUUCCAAUGGUUAUCAUUCCUGCCACAAUUAGUAACAAUGUGCCCGGUACAGAUCUUAGUUUAGGAGUAGACACAGCUCUCAAUGUGAUAACAGAGGUGAGGCUCUCGAACUAACUGUCCGAAGUUAGAACUCUUGGUUUCUUGUUAUUGGUUUGGCAUUUUCUUAGCUUUGUUUAUAAAUACCAGUUUUCCCCGGCGGCGGUUAAAAUGCAUCUCUGUGUACAGGAGUCUGUGCUGAAUGAGAUAAAGAAAUGAAAGACUUCGUACUUCUUUCAGCGUGAUCGAUUAACUUUCUAGAGAUUCUGCCGUGCUGUGUCUGUAGGAAAGUGCAAAACUAAGUUCAGUAAUGAUAAUCUAGAACGUUAAAGUAAGGAAACCGUUCGAUAUCGGAUUUUAAUAUAAUUUCCUAAGUUUAAAUAAGGGGGGUAAAUUUCUAAAGAAAGUGUGGUUUUGCAUCGAUUGAGGGUUUUAAAUGAUAAUUUGCUUUUAUCAGCUGUGUCGAUAACGUCAUUUGCUCUUAUACUCUUACACUAACACUCGAAACGUCAGCUUUACAAACUCUUUACGAUGGCCAAUUUACAUUAGCAACACAAUUGAUAAAACCAAUUUUCUCUUAUAUACUUGAGCUUUCUUCAUUUAAUGUCAUGUAAUUUCAAUUUUUUGUAUUCAUUUCAUAUGAUUUCAUUUCCUUUAAUUUUUUCUUUCACCGACAGAAUUGUGACCGCAUCAAGCAGUCUGCCAGCAGUGCAACGAGACGCGUGUUUGUUGUUGAGUGCAUGGGCGGCUACUGUGGUUACCUAGCAACCAUGAGCGCCCUCGCGGGAGGAGCUGACGCAGCGUACAUUUUUGAAGAGAAACUUACUCUUGAAGAUUUGAAGGUGUGUACAAGUGUGUCAAAUUUCUGAGGACGCCUUAAUAUACAUAAACUUCACGGAUUACUUACGUUUUAUUUUUUUUCUUUUCUUUCUGAAAGAUCUUUAUAACCGCUCCCGACCGAGAACCCCUAUCAUUUUAGUUUCGCAAAUUCACGAUGUUGUAAAGACUUUUAUUUCAUACUGAAUCAAACUACCUUUAAAUUGAAAGAAACGACAAAGUAUGAGAUGGGUAAGACUGAAGAAGAAAAUACUGGGAAUUAUAAACCAAGAAGAAACACGAAUGAAUUAAUAUAUAGAUUUAAUGGAGCUCGCAUUUUUUUUCCUGCACGUGUGUGCCAGGACUAGAACCCGGGUCGUCCGACUCGGAGCCCAGUGCACUGACCACUGGACUACUGAACAAAGCUGUGGCGUCGGCGUGCCCGCGUUACAGUUAACGACGCAUGUUAAAAGUAGCACCCUGUACGGUCGUACGGUCGUACAUCCAAAUUUUUUCGGCUUGAUGGGUAACUACUAUUUUGUAUAAUUAUGUGGCUACGCUGUGCGAGCUCCGCUAUGAUUGAACAAAUUAAAAUCUGGGCUUAAGUUUUGUAUAUGAUCCUGUGAGAAAUUCCAUAAAUCCUCUGACCCCAAAGAGUGACUAGAAUCUAAUUUCUCCUUACCAUUUCACCCCUUAAAUCACACAAUAAGUUCACAAGAAAAAGAGAAUUGAUCGCUGACUUAAGAAGCUCAUGAUUAUUAUACAAAUUCUCCUCGUCA